CGAACGCGCACAGGAGGCUUGACGUCACCGAGGCGUCCUGGCUCUGUUGAGCCGCUGCUGCUGGCGAAAAGAUGGAAAAAUCAGAUAGACAUCUGUCGAUGAAUUAACAUACAAUGACUAUUUUUAACAGGCGAUUUACAUUUGGUAGAAGACAAGGUACUGACACCGAGUUUGGCUCCACCAAACUACGAGAAAGGUAGUUUGUUUGAUUGAUGUUACAUCCUGCAGUAUUAGAUGGGACAAGUCUGCUUGGAAGAACAACAUCCAGUCACCACUGUUUGCUACUAAAAGUGGAGGACAUCAGAUCUCAAAUUUAUCAUAAACAUUGUGUCCACUUUUCCCAGUUGAACCACAAUCAACACUGCUUAUUCACAUAACAGUUGAUUGUCCUAACCACAAAAUUAGCAAGAAUUUAUACAAGUAGACCAAGUUUAGGUUUGCUGUCCGCUCUUUUAUUCUAUUUGUCAUAAGAUGUAUGGUAGUGCCCGCUCUGUUGGCAGAGGAGAUGCCAACCAUAGUGGAGGGAGAGAUGGAGGUGGUAGUGGCAAUCAAGGAUCUGGCCGUUCUCCACGCCUUCCUCGCUCUCCUCGGAUGGGACACCGCCGCACCAACAGCACUGGAGGCAGCGGAGGUGGUCCUGGAGGAGCAGGAGGCAAGACUCUUUCCAUGGAGAAUAUCCAGUCCCUCAAUGCUGCAUACGCCACCUCAGGACCCAUGUACCUGAGUGAUAAUGAGGUUGCCAUGCCAGGUGACCAUCUUCCUAAAAGUGGUGGGACAGUAACAACUAUAGGGAGACAGAGGGUAACGUAUGCGUCAAGGAGCAGUGGCAGUAGUGGUGUGGCCUCCAGCACCCCCAACAUUGCCACCUCAGUGCCUGCCAAUGCUGUGCUGCCUGCAGGCAUGAUUGCAGGUGAUGCGCUGGCCUUUGGAGAUCACCACAUGGCCUCCACUGUUCCCCAUUCUUUACGUCAGGCCAGAGACAACACCAUACUCGAUCUACAGGCCCAACUCAAAGAGGUUCUGCGAGAGAAUGAAAUGCUGCGAAGAGAAGUAGAAGUUAAAGAGAGCAAGCUUAGCUCUUCCAUGAAUUCCAUCAAGACCUUUUGGAGCCCUGAAUUAAAGAAGGAGCGAGCUCUUAGGAAGGAUGAGGUUUCUAAGAUUACUGUGUGGAAGGAACAAUACCGUGUGAUUCAAGAUGAGGCACAGCACCUCCAGAUGACUGUGCAGGCACUUCAGGAUGAGCUCAGAAUACAGAGAGACUUGAAUCAACUGCUCCAGCAAGAUCCAGCGAGCCAAGGCCGAGACCUGGCCCUGACGUCCGAACCUACAGAAGAGAACUAUCGGCGGCUGCAGGGUGAACAUGAGAGGCAGGCCAAAGAACUCUUUCUUUUAAGGAAGACACUAGAGGAAAUGGAGCUCAGGAUUGACACCCAGAAGCAAACCUUGGGCGCUAGAGACGAGUCCAUCAAGAAGCUUUUGGAGAUGCUGCAGAGCAAAGGGCCAUCUGCCAAGGCAUCAGAGGAGGACCAGGAGCGGACGAGGAGACUGGCUGAUGCAGAGAUGCACAGACAUCACCUUGAGAGUUUACUGGAUCAGAGAGACAGAGAGAUUACUGCACUACGGGAGCAGGAGCUACACCGACGAUACGAGGGCACCCCUGAAUCUACCAAAACUAAGGCUCUGCAGACUGUCAUUGACAUGAAGGAUGCUAAAAUUGGUUCAUUGGAGCGUAGUCUGAGGGACAUGGAAGAGGAGGUACUCAUGUUAAAAUCAAACGGACUUCUGAGCUGUGAAGAACGACAGGAGGAGAUGAAGCAGAUGGAAGUUUAUCGGAGUCACACAAAGUUCAUGAAGAACAAGUUGGAGCAGGUGAAGCAAGAUCUUUCCAGGAAGGACACCGAGCUGCUUGGUUUGCAAACUAAGCUGGAGACACUCACCAACCAGUUCUCAGAUAGCAAGCAACACAUCGAAGUCCUCAAAGAGUCCCUCACUGCCAAAGAGCAGCGAGCUGCCAUUUUACAAACAGAGGUGGAUGUCUUGCGCCUGCGCCUGGAAGAGAAAGAGGCAACUCUGAACAAAAAGAGCAAGCAGAUACAAGAAAUGUCAGAGGAGAAGGGCACACUCACUGGGGAGAUCCAUGACCUCAAAGACAUGCUGGAUGUUAAGGAGUGCAAAGUCAAUGUGCUACAGAAGAAGAUCGAGAACCUGCAGGAGCAGCUGAGGGAUAAGGAGAAGCAGAUGAGUAGUCUAAAGGAGCGCGUAAAGUCCUUACAAGCAGACACUUCCAAUACUGACACCGCCCUCACCACACUGGAGGAAUCUCUAGCAGAAAAGGAACGCAUUAUUGAGCGAUUGAAGGAGCAGCGAGACAGAGAUGACCGGGAGAAGACAGAGGAGCUGGAGUGUGUCAAAAAGGAACUGAAAGAGUUGAAGGAGAGAUUGAGCACUCUGCAGGGAGACCUGUCAGACAGAGAGACCUCGUUAUUGGACCUGAAGGAACAUGCAUCAUCACUUGCAUCCUCAGGGCUGAAGAAGGACUCCAAGUUGAAGAGCCUGGAGAUUGCCCUGGAGCAGAAGAAGGAGGAGUGCCUAAAACUGGACAACCAGCUUAAGAGAGCUCAGACUGCAGCCUUAGAGGCUCAAGCCAACACCGAGCUGGCCGAGCGUAUUCACGGCCUUGAACAGGAAGCGGCCCGCCACAGAGAGGAUUCUGGGAAGGCCCAGGCUGAGGUUGACCGACUACUGGAGAUCCUUCGGGAAAUGGAGAAUGAAAAGAAUGAUAAGGACAAAAAGAUCACUGAGCUGGAGAGUCUGGCCUCCAGGCAGACAAAGGACCAGUCAAAGAAGGUGGCAUCUCUGAAGCACAAGGAGCAGGUGGAGAAAAGCAGGAAUGCUCGGCUUGUGGAGGAGGCCAGAAAAAGGGAGGAUAACUUGUCUGAGACCUCGCAGCAGAUCAAAGACACUCUGCGUCAGAAGACUGAGCGUAUCGAGGAGCUGGAGGAGGCCUUAAGAGAGAGCGUUCAAAUCACUGCUGAGCGGGAGAUGGUGCUGGCGCAGGAGGAGGCUGCCAGGUUGCUCCAGGAGAAACAGAAGCACUCACUCAAACCAAUGCAUGAGUCCAACCUCGCCCACUUUAAGUGGUCUAAGAUGGAAGAGCUGCUGGGGGCCAUGGAGAAGGUGAAGCAGGAGCUGGAGUCUAUGAGAGCCAAGCUGGCCUCCACUCAGCAGUCUCUGUGUGAGAAAGAGGCGCACCUCACAACCCUGCGAGCGGAGCGCAGAAAACACCUGGAGGAGGUGCUGGAGAUGAAGCAGGAGGCGCUGUUGGCCGCUAUCAGUGAGAAAGACGCUAACAUUGCCCUACUGGAACUGUCAUCCUCGAAAAAGAAGAAGACCCAGGAUGAGGUGUCUCUGCUGAAACGGGAGAAGGACAGACUGGUGCAGCAGCUCAAACAGCAGACUCAGAACCGAAUGAAGCUGAUGGCAGAUAACUAUGAGGACGACCAUUUGAAGGCCAACCAGGCAAAUCACAAACCCUCUCCAGAUCAGAUAAUACCCCCUCUUCUAGCCCUGUCCCAGAACCGCAGUAAACUCAAGCUCUACAUUGCCCACCUGACAGACCUCUGCCAUGACCGGGAUCCCAGCAUCCUCAGCCAGCUCACACCCCCUUCUCAUUAUCACCACAGUGACCCCCAAGACUGGGAGGACAAGCUCCAGAAGAUGACUGUUGAUCAGUUGGAGCGGGAGCUGCAGGUGUGUGAGAAGGAGAGUGGAGAGCUGCAGGAGUAUGCCAACUCUGUUCUUCAGCAGAUUGCAGACUACUGCCCUGAUAUCCUGGAGCAGGUGGUCAAUGCCCUGGAGGAAUCAUGCUGACAUUCAUGACCUCAGACACAACACCGGCUGACCCGUCCUUUUCAGAUAACAUCCUACCUCCACCUGACCAAGCUCCUGGAAGAAAGCGAGGAAGCUCAGGUGGUGAGCGUGUCCACUGAGUGCUUUCCUGUCAGCAUAAUUAUUAAGUUUGGGUUAUUUAUAAGGGCUGAAAUCUGCUGUCAAAUACACUAUCAGUUUGCUCACUGCAGAUUCUGGUUUAAUGUCAUCUGUGGCAGAUGCAUUGCAUGCAAGGUGCGGCAGGAGAACUAACCUACAUGUUUAAUCACGUCACUGUUGCAGGCAACAGCAUGGUGGGUAUUGGCUGACAAAGCUGUGUGGCAAUUCUGACAAAUUUGUAAUUUUGCAUGUGUGAACUCACCAAAUUUGAAUUUUCUUGGAAUAUUCUUCAACUGCACAAUAUCCUUACACACCUAUAUGUCUGAAACUGGUAUUCAGACAGACAAAGGAUAACAGAGAAGUAGCACAUUGUUUUGGAGCAUACUGCCAGCCUACCUACACAGCUUCGUUCACAGCAGGAGUCGCUAGAUCAAGCACAAUUACCUCACCCAUUUCUGUCUCAAUCUUUUGACUCUGGUCACAAAUUGUAAUUAAAGUCUAAUGGGAAAGAAGGGUUUUUCUUCUGCUCAUGUGAGGCAGGAAAGCACUUGGCAAACAGGAAACAGAAGCAACCAAGGUCUCAUUCACUGUAGUUAUGCACCAGUAUACAGUGUGGGCACUAAAGAUGCACACAAGAAUAUGCACGCAGCAUCGUACUGCAACAUUUUUCAACAUGGGUUCUGUUUUUAAAUAUUCUGGGGUCAUCUUUUCACUCAGGACAAAAAUUUAUUUAAUUGAUGCAUUACUAAAUUAGAACACAUACAGCAUUACAGGCUAACUGACUAUACAGUGUAAUAGCACGGGGCAAGCCAAAAACACUCUCCUUAAAUGAAAAUGCCAUUGGAAGCAUCUGGUAACAUGGAGAGAUUCCCUCUGGAGAUAAAUGUGAAGAAAAAA